UUAGAUCUAUCUUAUAUUUCGUUUAUGACUAUAAUAUUUCUGAAAUCGUUGAAUGUUGAAUCACAGUGCAGACAACCUUUUUGUGUUCAACAUAGGACAUGAACGACGCUUCGCAUCAUUGCAAUAGACAUAAUGGAUCAAGAACUUAUUGAAAAAUUUAUAGAAGUGACGGGGGAAAGUGAGGCAACAGCUCGUCAGUAUUUAUCAUUAGCUGAUGGAAAUGUAGAAACUGCAAUAAGUUUAAUGUUUGAUGGUAGCCAAGCACCUGAACCAUUAUGUACACCUGAUCCAGAACCAGAAGUGAGACCUCCUAUUUUACCUAUGCAGGAAGUAUUAGUGCCAUCUGGUCCAAUAUGUUCUCUUCCAAGAUUGUCCACUAAUGUAUUUGACAGAUUCAGAGAUUUUGCUGUAGAGACUCAACGGCAAGAAGAAGAAAUGGCCCGAAAAGUAGCCGGAGUUAAACAAAUAUCUUAUUGUAAAUCAAAAAGAUUGGAAGAUUUAUUUCGUCCACCAUGUGAUAUUCUCUUUCUGGGUUCUUUUAUGGAAGCCCGUGAACAUGCCAAAUCAUUAAAUCGUUGGUUACUUGUAAAUAUUCAAAAUCCUCAAGAAUUUUCUUGUCAAAUCCUUAAUAGAGAUGUAUGGUCCAAUCAACAAAUUCAAGAAAUUGUAAAGGAUCAUUUUGUUUUGUGGCAAGUUUUGUCAAAUACAAGUGAUGGAAAUCGCUACGUUCAUUUAUAUGAUGUAUAUGAAUAUCCUUAUGUAGCAGUAAUAGAUCCUAGGACAGGAGAAUGUAUGAAAACUUAUAAUCAUAUUACUGUAGAUAUUUUAAUAUCUGCUUUAAAUGAUAUGUUGAGCUCUCAUCCAUCCCCAGAAUGUGUAUCAAGUGAUUCAGUUCAUUCUAAAGAAUGGAAUAAUUGCACUGCCACAACAACAAAAGAAUGUUCUUCAUCUAAUUCAUCGGAUUGUAGUAAUAAUACUAUUAAGGCAUUUAAACAUACAAUUGACAACUUAAAUGACACAGAUAAUAUAGAUAUUAAGAAUGAUCUAACAUCUAUUCAAAGUUCAAGUACAAAUAUAUCUCUUGAUACAUUUGAAAAUAUAAGUAAAAAAAGGAAAAUGAACGAAUCAGAUGAAGCAAAUCAGGAAACAAAUUCAAAGGAUGAACAAUCAUAUAAAUUGAAAUCCGAUUUUAACGAAAUUAAAAGCGACAAUGAAUCUGUUAUAAGACUUUGUUUAAGACUGCCAAAUGGUAAGAAAGAAACAGUGUCAAUGUCCACCACUGAUACAAUAGAAAAAUUCAUAAAUAGAAUGGAAGAUAUGGGUUAUGCAUCAACCAAUCAUACUUAUUUAGUACCAUUUCCGAAAACAAAUAUUGGAGCGCUUCCACCACAAACAUAUUUAUCAGAUACGAUUUUAUUUCCAGCAAACACAGUAUUUAUAACAAAGAUAUAGUGGUCUAUUAGGUAAGUACCUUUGUGUUGUUUUGUUUCAAAAAAUUAAAUGAUGUUUAAAUAAAAAAAAUGUUAUGCUCUAUUGCAGAUGAUACAUUAUAGCGCGAGUAUCUCUUUUUAUCUUAUUACAUUAGGAGAAAAUAUAUUAUAAGUUCGAUAAAUAUUACGAAUCUUAAAGUAUAUAGAAAUGCAUUGUGACCAUAAAUGUUCAAUUUAUUUGUGUAUAAUUCCAAAAUCAUUAUAUUUGUCAAUAUUCAAUAAUUCUUAAAAUAUUUUACAUAAAAUGAAUGAAUUAUAAAAAUUUGAUUUUAUAUAAAUGGAAACGAAAUUAUA